AUGUCUCUAGUUAAACUGGCUCACACCUGUGCGCAUUUACAGAAUUGUACCAGGGUAAGAUUGUCAUUAACUUCUAUCCCAUAUACAAAACUGCAACUACAGUUUGCUUACAAUCUUUACAAGCAAGGGUUUAUAUCUUCUUUACAAAAGGGUUCAACAAAGGGUCCGGAUGAAGAGUAUGUUGAGGUUACUCCUGACAAUAUCUCUACAAGGAGAUUAUGGCUGGGAUUGAAGUACAGAGAAAAUAAACCUAUUCUUAAUAAAUUGCAACUCAUAUCAAAACCUAGUGUCAGAAUCAUCCUGGGAAACGAGGAUCUAAAGAAAAUAUGUUCUGGUACAAUUGUUAGAAAUAUUAAACCUUUACAACCAGGUGAGUUAAUCCUGAUUCGUCAUAAUAAUGAAAUUAUGGAUAUAAACGAUGCCGUAUUUAAGAAGUUAGAUGGUGAGGUCCUUUGUAGGAUAAAUUAA